GCCCUGGCGGAGCUGGCUUGGUCGGGCGUGCCGCAGGGGCUCAGCCGUCGAGAGGUAUGGCAGCUGCUGCUCGGCUACAGGCCGCUCACCCGCGAGCGGGCCGCCGCCGCGCUGCAGCGGAAGCGGGCGGAGUACGUCGACCUGCGGCGGAGCCUGUACGACGCCUCGCCCGCGGUCCAGCGGGCUGUGGGCGUGGACGGCGUGCCGGCGGUAGAGCAGGGCGAGCGCGCCAGGGACGACGGCGAG